AUGCUCAGUCAACCGUCCAGGUCCAACUCCCUCCCCCUCUUUUCUGCGACCUCCCCGUCUUCCUCUCGCCCAUUCACCCCCCUCUCUUUCUCCAGUAAACGCCCUUCUGAACGUGCAGUUUCUCCAGCCUCCUCGGCCGGUAGCCAUGUGUCUGGAGUCUCUCACCCGCCUGGAUCGCGCAAGCGACGACGGUCGACCAUCGUAACGGACGUCUCGAGUGGCGACCUUUUGAGUUCUAUCGACAAAUGGGAUGACGGUCAUAGUCACUUCGAUUUCUUCUCUUCGGAUCCCUCGUGGCUUUCACCCUUGCCGUCCAAUUCGGAUCGCAGGACAAGUCACCAUGCGCGAGGCCGCUCCCCAGGUGACGUCCCGAGCGAGCUGUCAAUACCCACUCCUUCCGUAUCAAAGGUGGGUCGACUGUAUAUCUGUGAUUGUUGUCCAAAGAAACCGAAGAAGUUCGACAAUCCAGACGAUCUCCGCUCUCACGAAAUGGAAAAGCAAUACUCCUGUCGAUACUGCAAAAAUCGCUUCAAAAACAAAAACGAAGCAGAGCGACACGAAAACUCCAUGCACCUCCGCCACUAUUCCUGGUCAUGCGCAGCUCUCCCAAGCUUCCAAGCCGCUUUCCAUAGCUCCGCCUCACUAUGCUGCCAAACAAAAGCUGGCCCCUCGCACGACUCAUGCGGAUAUUGCGGUGAAAAAUUCCCGAAUUUCCCGCACCCCGACUGGGACCGCCGGUUCGAGCAUCUGACCACCGUGCACAGGUUUGGCGAGUGCAGCAACGCGAAGAAGUUCUUCCGCGCGGACCAUUUCCGCCAGCACCUGAAGCAUAGCCAUGCCGGGAGUAGCGGAAAAUGGACUAACAGUAUGGAGAAUGCGUGUAUGAAGGACGAGGAGCCAUCUAAGCCUAGAAAUGUUUCUAGGAGCGUGCCCGGGCUGCAGGGCCAGGGAUCGCUUGAUCGAAACCAAGUCGCAUAA